UUGUUCGAGAGAAGACUCCUUUUGGUUCGAUCUUAGGUUCGGAGAUUUCUCCUGGAUUUUCGAAAGCGCGAACAGCUUAGUCCCAGCACGUACAGCUUUUCAGGCUUAUCUUCCGGAAGCUUCGAUCGUCGCAACCAAAAAGUUUUGGGUCUUGCGGGGAAACAAUCUACGUGUCCAUUGAAUCUCAGUUGUCUGUCUUAUAGAUUCUAGCCAAUCCACACCGGCUUCAGGAUGUCUACUGCCGUCGUACAAGCCGACGAUCUCAUGGAGCCUUCGCUCCAGUCGAUUGUCAGCCAGGAUACCCUCCGCUGGAUCUUCGUUGGUGGUAAAGGAGGUGUCGGUAAAACAACUACCUCCUGUUCUCUUGCGAUUCAACUGGCCAAAGCUCGCAAAUCGGUUUUGCUCAUCUCGACCGACCCCGCACACAACCUCAGUGACGCCUUUGGGCAAAAGUUUGGAAAGGAAGCCCGACUAAUCGAUGGGUACAACAACCUCAGCGCUAUGGAGAUUGACCCCAAUGGCAGCAUUCAGGACCUGCUGGCCAGCGGCGAAGGGCAGGGCGACGACCCUAUGGCUGGAUUGGGCGUUGGGAACAUGAUGCAGGAUCUGGCUUUCAGCAUUCCCGGUGUUGAUGAAGCCAUGUCCUUUGCGGAAGUCCUGAAGCAAGUCAAAUCUUUGUCGUAUGAGGUUAUUGUUUUUGACACCGCCCCCACCGGCCACACCCUGCGUUUCCUUCAAUUUCCCACCGUGCUUGAAAAGGCUCUUGCAAAGCUUUCGCAGUUAUCGUCUCAAUUCGGGCCCAUGUUGAACUCCAUCCUUGGCUCCCGCGGUGGUCUGCCGGGUGAAGAUGGAGUCUCUCAGAGAGACCAUCAGCGAAGUCAACACUCAAUUCAGAACCCGGAUAUGACCACCUUUGUGUGUGUCUGUAUCGCUGAAUUCUUGUCUUUGUAUGAGACCGAACGUAUGAUCCAGGAGCUGACAAGCUACAACAUUGACACACACGCCAUUGUCGUCAAUCAGCUUUUGUUCCCCAAGCAGGGUAGUGAGUGUGAACAGUGCAAUGCACGGAGGAAGAUGCAGAAAAAGUACCUGGAACAGAUUGAAGAACUCUAUGAAGAUUUCAAUGUUGUCCGGAUGCCGCUGUUGGUUGAAGAAGUCAGAGGAAAGGAGAAACUUGAAAAAUUCAGCGACAUGCUCAUUCACCCAUAUGUCCCCCCACAGUAA